AUGGAAGAGCAAAAUUUCACCAAAGUGAAGGAGUUCAUUCUUUUAGGGUUCACAGGCAACUUGCAGUUACAGGGCAUGCUUUUUCUGAUCUUCCUCAUAAUUUAUGUCUUCUGUCUCCUGGGAAACAUCACCAUGAUUUUUCUGAUCUGUGCUGAUUCUCAACUCCACACACCCAUGUAUUUCUUCAUUGGAAACCUGUCAUUCCUGGAUAUCUGCUAUUCAUCUGUCUUUAUCCCCAAAAUCCUCAUGACCUGCAUCUCUGAAGACAAAAGUAUUUCCUUUGAUGGCUGCUUGGCUCAGUUCUUCUUUGCUGCUGGACUUGAUCUUAGUGAAUGUUACUUGUUGGCUGCCAUGGCUUAUGACCGCUAUGUGGCCAUCACCAAUGCCCUGCUUUAUUCCCAGGCAAUGUCCUUGAGGUUAUGUGUCAGUCUUGUUGCAGCUUCAUAUUUUGGUGGCUUUCUUAACUCAACUGUUCUCACCAGCAAAACAUUUACCCUGAGCUUCUGUGGCAACAAUAUCAUCGAUCAUUUCUUCUGUGAUGUGCCCCCACUUGUGAAGCUGGCAUGUGAUGUGAAGGAGAGCUACCAGGCUGUGCUCUAUUUCAUACUGGCCUCCAAUGUCUUCACUCCCAUAGUACUUAUUCUUGCCUCCUAUCUCUUCAUCAUUAUUGCCAUUUUGAAUAUUCACUCUACUCAAGGUCGUCUAAAGGCUUUUUCCACUUGUGGCUCUCAUCUGACAGCUGUCACCUUGUACUAUGGUUCAAUUCUUUUUAUAUACUCUAGACCAAGCAGUAGUUAUGACUUGGAAUGGGACAAAGUGGUGUCUGUGUUCUAUACUGUGGUGAUUCCAAUGUUGAACCCUUUGAUCUAUAGCUUAAGAAAUAAAGAUGUAAAAAAUGGCCUUAGAAAAAUGUUGAAAAGGGCCAAGUUAUCUUAA